ACAGCUGAUUAUGACUGAUAGGAUCCAGAGUUGGGAAAACCCAUACAAACACUCUGAAUGUGGCAAAACGUUUAGUAAGAACAACUCCAUUGUGGAUCAUGGAAGGACUUGCACAGGAGAAAAGCUUUCCAAGUGCUCCCAAUGCAGUAAAUGCUUUAGUGAGCAUGGCAACGUGGACUCACACCAAGGAGAAACCGUUUGAAUGUCCUGAUUGUGGAAAAUGUUUCAGUAACAAUUACAACCUGGUGACACACCAGAGGACUCAUACAGGAGAGAAACCAUUUGAAUGUCCUGACUGUGGGAAAUGUUUCAUUCAGAAUUCCAGCCUGGUUCAACACCAGAGGAUCCACACAGGAGAGAAACCCUUUAAAUGCCCUGACUGUGGGAAAGGUUUCAGUCAAAAUUCCAACCUCAUUGGCCACCAGAGGAUUCACACAGGAGAGAAACCAUUUAAAUGUUCUGACUGUGGGAAAAGUUUCAGUCGGAAUUCUAACCUCAUUGGCCACCAGAGAACUCACACAGGUGAGAAACCUUUUGAAUGUCCUGACUGUGGGAAAAGUUUCAGUCAAAAUUCCAACCUCAUUGGCCACCAGAGGAUUCACACAGGAGAAAAACCCUUUGAAUUGAAACCCUUUGAAUGUCCUGACUGUGGGAAAAGUUUCAGUCAGAAUUCCAGUCUGGUUCAACACCAGAGGACUCACACAGGAGAGAAACCCUUUGAAUGUCCUCAUUGUGGAAAAUGUUUCAGUCAGAAUUCCAGCCUGAUUCAACACCAGAGGACUCACACAGGAGAGAAACCCUUUGAAUGUCUUGACUGUGGGAAAUGUUUCAGUCAUAAUUCCAGCCUGGUUCAACACCAGAGGACUCACACAGGAGAGAAACCCUUUGAAUGUCCUGACUGUGGGAAAAGUUUCAGUCAGAAUUCCAGCUUGGUUCAGCACCAGAGGAUUCACACAGGAGAGAAACCUUUUGAAUGUUCUGAUUGUAGUAAAAGUUUCAGUAAUAAUUCCAACCUGAUGAAACACCAGAGGACUCAUACAGGAGAGAAACCUUUUGAAUGUCCUGAAUGUGGGAAAAGUUUCAGUCAGAAUUCCAGCUUGGUUCAACACCAGAGGACUCAUACAGGAGAGAAACCAUUUGAAUGUGCUGAUUGUGGGAAAAGUUUCAGUAAUAAUUCCAGUCUGGUUAAACACCAGAGGACUCACACAGGAGGGAAACUGUAUGAGUGUCCAGACCGUGGGAAAGAUCUCAGUACUAGGGUUAACCUUUUAAAUCAUGUUGUUGUAUACAAAAGGGAGAAACCAUUUUAGUGCUUUGAGUGUGGAUGGUGCUUCAGGAAAUAUUCCACCCUUAUCGCAGACAGGAAAAUCCACAUGCUGCCCCAAGUGAUGAAUGUAGAGAAGGCUUGAAUUUCAUUUCUAGUGUCCCAUUGUAAGUCCAGCUGAGAAAUUGACUAUUUAAAUUGAUUAAAUUCAAUAGAAUUUGCCUGAUAUUUUUGUAGGUAAAUAUGUAAUGGUGUUAGUUGGGGAAGUGGAAAGAAAAAAGUUGCAACAUAUUAUUUUGAUAAUGGCUAUCUGGCCUUCAGCAUAAGAAAUUGCUGGAUAUUUAUUUUUGUAGAAAUUGGACAAUUAGGUAUGUAAAAAUAUUUUCAAAAGUGUUUUUUGCAUUUUUUAAUGGUAGAUAAUAUAAAUACUACAUGUCAGGAAUCCCAGCUUUUUCUCCCUGGGUGCUCCCAGGUUUUUCAGCCAGAAUUCUCCAGCCAGUAUCUCUCAGGGAUAGGAGCUAAAGGUACAGAUUGUGGCUCCUCCUAUAAGGAGAAAGUAAGAGAAGACAAUGGACGCCAGUUUAUUCACAAACAAAAGACCUUCAACACCAAUUAAUGGGAUUAAAAUUUGCAUUCCUCCACCCAAAUUCUAAGGACAGGAGGUGAUCUUUUAGCACAUAAUAGCAUUAACCCACCACCCUUGAAAUCGCAAAAGACUUUAAAGCCCCUUCAUUGCACAAUCCUGAGAACAGUC